AUGAAUGGAGAUCUGCACGUCUUUAUGGGCAGACAGCAGGUGUUAAAAAGGGUAGUGCGGAUCCCAAACCUGAUGUACGAUAAAAGUUACGUGUACAGUGUGGUGCCGACGCUCGAGUACGACGAAGAGCGCUAUCAAACGCCCUGUCAGCGGGCCACGUACGAUGCGACUGGGAAAGGUGCACAUUUACAUGAGCCGAUUAAAUCAGUACCAACGGCACUGUUAAUAGUGCUUUUAGGACUAUAUCUGCUCCUGGCAUACCUUACACAGCUGGUGGAAGAUGACAUGCCCAAGGUGGUUAACGAAUCGGACGUCGCCAGAGAUAACUCCGUGACCUUCAGCGAAGAAGCAGCAUGGCGGUACAUACACAUAAUCCAAGGCACCGAGCCGCGCGUCACCGGGACAAAGUAUCACCUGAAGAAGACAAAGGACCUCAAAGAACUUCUUGACUCCGUCGCUGAGCAGUCUAAUUUGCCUAUCAGGACUGAUUGGCAAAUGGUCACAGGCGACUACUGGCUGUCAUUCGUAAACUUGUACCAGAACGUAUCAAACAUCAUCGCUUUGUUGGAAGGCGAGAGUGGGUUCUUGCCCAAUGGCACUAUCGGAACUUCGUUGCUAGUAAACUGUCAUUACGACUCUGUUCCUUUUGCAUUGGGCACUUCGGACGAUGCCAUUUUCUGCGCAGCGAUGAUAGAAACUCUCAGCAAGUUGUCGCGGCGUUCGCAAAAACUCAGACACAAUGUCAUAUUUUUAUUUAAUGGUGCUGAAGAAAAUGGUUUGCAAGCUAGCCACGCUUUUCUGAAACACGAAUGGGCUAAAGGUGUGACCAAUGUGGUGAAUUUAGACUCUGCCGGUAUGAACGGAAAGCCAAUUAUUUUUCAGGCGUCAGACCCUCGACUUUUAAGCAUGUACCAGAGUGUAGUGAAUCGUCCGAAUGCCCAAAGCGUAGGAGAGUUCAUGUUUGCAAAUGGCAUUAUUCCUUCCGAUACGGAUUUUAGGAUUUGGAGGGAUUUUGGAGACAUUCAUGGAAUCGACAUCGCUUUUUCAAAAUGGGGCCACGUGUAUCACACGCGCUACGAUUGCGACGAUUUCGUGAAGACCGGCGUGGUCCAGAACGCCGGCAACAUGCUGCUGGCCCUCGUUCCCGCGGCCGCUGGCAAUGCGGAGCUAGAGACGAAGAUCGAGCCGUCUGUCGUCGUGUACUUCGACUUCCUGAACUGGUUCCUGGUGUCGUACACGUACGGUGCGUCAGUGGCCGUGGACCUGCUGGUGGCACUGUUCGCCUGUCUCACCGUCGCUUAUUACGUGUGGCUCGUCGGACUAAAAAUGACAACUGUCCAAGAGUUGCUGUUUGCGAUGUUAGGGCGAGUUUUGUCGACACUGGCCGGAAUAUUGAUCGUCGCCAUUUUCGUGCUCAUCAUGGUGGCCACUACAGUUCAACUUAGGUACCUAGCACAACCUUGGCUUGUGGUCCCGAUGUACUGGCUGCCGUACGCCAUCACGGCCGUCUGCGUGGCGCAGGCCUUCGACGCCUGGAGAACCAAGAGGAGUGGUCUGAAUCGCUGCAUUCGCACAAUGCAAGCGCAAGCCGCAACGAGAUCGAUUCUAGCUUUCAUACUAAUAAUUAUGACAUGCAUACCAAGUACCGCGACAUUACGGUACUUUGUCACUGUGCCUUUGUUCAUCAUUUCGCUCAUGUCUUUGGCGUCUUUGACCGUCAUCAGAUACGUUCGUUUGCAAGCAUGGCAGCAUCUACUAAUGGAGGUUCUGUGGUCGGUGCCGUCCACCAUGUUCGUGCUGACGCUGGCCCUGCGUUUGUGCGCGCUGAUGUUGCCGAUUAUGGGGCGCAACGGGUCCAAUGCACCCGACUACCUCAUCGCGAUCAUCAACACAGGCAUUGCUGCCAUCGUCUUGUGUACUGUCUCGGGCAUCGAAUUGCUAUUUUCCCGCAAGCGAUUAUGGAUGGUAGUGGCGCCCGUAGCCAUCACCUGCAUAGUGCUCAUGUUUAUUCCCUUCAGCCCGUACCAGGAUGACGGGCCUUCCGUGCAGAGGCAUUAUUGGUUUCACUCGGAAAUAAUAUCAUACGAUUACAACAAUGCUGAAACAGAUUGCGUAUCGGGUAUCGUGGUGACGAAGAUCGACGCUUACUCCACGUCGAGAGUGUUGCCGGCGCUGAGGGAGAAAGGCAUCAACUUGGAAUCCCGCACGGACUUUGCCGAUGAUUGUCAACGUUACGUACUUUGCAAUUUGCCGCUCGGCAGCGGGUGGCUCGGACGUAAUCUCGUGAACGCCUUGUUCCUGUACACGGGUCCGCCGGCGCCGUUCGUGCCCGACAACACGCUGACGGUCCAGAACAAGACUUGCAGCGGGAGUACCUGCAUAUUCGACUUUGUUAUGAUAGCUCCAGCCCAAAACUUAAUAACGAUAAGGCCUCAUGCGAACGUCAACUUGACCUCAUGGACUUUCGACUCUCCGGCCCGGCCGACGUUCAUCCAAGACAGCCGCCUCAUCUAUUUAAUAUACCAUUCAAGAGCUACGUACAGUGACGUGUUUGCACCUUUACAAUUUAACGUUACUCUAUCUGUGCCUGCGUACGCGCAAUCUCAGCCCAUAAUGGACGUGGCACUACACUCGCAUCUAAACAACCACCCUGAAGAGUUCACUCAGGAGUAUCGCAACAUCCUAAACGCUGUGCCUAAAUACUUCAACAUUGCUACCUCUCUCAGCAGGCGUAAAAAUUAUGUCUUCUAGAAACUGCACGUCGAAUGUUUUACGCGGCAUAUGCGACUCGAAUUAAUUUUGUAACAUUGUCGAGGUCCUACAUCAUAAAUAAAACGCAGUACUAUUAUAAUCUAGGCAUUCAUGGUUAAAUUAA